UGUGGUCGCGCUCAGCUCUUCUGCGCGGAGCUGCGAGCGUCCGAGCUUUUCCUUCACCUGGAUAAAUACGCAUUACUGCAUUUUACCCUGAAUUAUUUAUUUUUCUUUACAAUCAGUAUUUUUUAUAUAUAUAUCCCUAUCAUGAUUUGCUUUUUUCCCCUCUUUGCUGCUGUUUGAAAGUGACAGACUGCAGUGUGUUGUGCGCUCUAGUUUGCGCCAGCAGAGACUGGCAAUAUGUAAUUUCGAUUACAGCCGCGUUUUUUUUUAGGGAUAAGUGGAAUAUUCCCCCUUUUAAACAACUGCUUCCAGUUUACUUUGUGGAACAGAAGAGAUCGUGAUACACAGUGAUGGUCUGAGGUUGUUGAAACUAACUGCAGAGUGGAUUCUAUCAUUUUGGAAACUGCUUGUGGGACUUUAAAAAAAAUGAAAGCUUCCAUCCCUCUUCUGAUCCUGCUUCAUGCGUUGGUGGUCCAUUGCCUAAAAGUCGUGUCAAAGAGAGGUUCUGUGGAAGGCUGCACAGACUGGUCAGUGGACUACCUAAAGUACAAAGUCCUUGUUGGGGAGCCUGUCCGGAUAAAGUGUGCUUUAUUCUAUGGAUAUAUCCGGGCAAACUACAGCCAUGCGCAGAGCACAGGACUUAGCCUUAUGUGGUACAAAAGUGCAGUGCACGGGGACUUUGAGGAACCCAUCAGCUUCGACGGCACAAGAAUGAGCAAAGAAGAGGAUUCUAUAUGGUUCCGACCAGCUGAACUGGAUGAUGUGGGCUAUUACUCCUGUGUAUUAAGGAACUCCACAUACUGCAUGAAGGUGUCCAUAUCUCUCUUGGUGGCCGAAAACGACACAGAUCUUUGCUACAACUCAAAAAUGAGAUUCUUCGAGAAGGCAGAAUUAAGCAAAAAUAAAGACAUCACCUGCCCUGACAUUGAAGACUUCAUACAGCCGGGGGUGGAACCUAAAAUAGUUUGGUACAAGGAAUGCAAGCCGAAACAGUGGAGACAAACCAUCGAGAGAAGAAAGGACACUCUAUCCAUCAAAGAAGUGAGGGAAGAUGACAUUGGGAAUUACACCUGUGAAAUACCAUUUGGAAAUUUUGUUGUGAGGAGGACUACUGAGUUAUCAGUAACAGCUCCCUUUACAGACAAGCCGCCAAAAAUCCUGUUUCCCACAGAGAGCCAAAUGAGCAUCAUAGAGAUGGCACUAG